CAAACUAAUGACCAAUGCUACUACUGUAUUUCGCAAAAUUCCAGCAAUUACUGUAUGUAUCACAAGGUGAAUUAUCUCAGCUCAUUCAAAAUUUUAAUAAAAUGAGUACGGAAGAAAUUAAUACUACAUCAUUAUCAAAUGAAUCACAAAAGGAUUUGUUAUUAUCUCUCAUGAAAAUAUUUUGGAUUAAUGGGGAUUUGAAGCUUCGUACUCGACAGGUUCAUGAAAAGAUAUCAACUUUGGACUUUGGAGUCAUGAUUCGACAGGCUCGUAUAUUUCGGACUUUGGUAUUUUGCAAGGUAGAUUCGGGCGGGUUCGGCUUUUAUGAAGGUUUGGCAUCCUGGAAUAGUAUUUCAUUAUGGCAAGUUUCGGCUUCUAUGGAAGGGAAUUUUGAGAAGUACUCUCUUUGA